AUGUUGCAAUGGCUAAAGAGACGAUGUGCCUUUGACAUUGUGGACCCGCCCAAGUGGGUAGCGCGACUCGAAGAUAUGCAGGAAAGAGACGGCGCCGAUCACCCCGCAUAUAAACUUCUAGACCAUUGGAAAAGGGCUUAUGCCCCUGAGCACAAAGCGGAAGACACAAGUUCGGCACCGACCGUCUUGCCGUUUGACAUGGCGAGAACCAAAGAUGCAGUUGCGGUUCUGAGAGACGUCAGUCCUGUUGACGAGCAAUACUUUGCCAAGAUCUGGGACUGGAUUGAUAGGACCAUGUAG